CGAUCGAGGGAAUCCAUCUUCACCACCAUUCCGAUCACGAGUUUAAAUGCAGAUUGAAGGUAAAAGUUCCGUGGUACAACUUUGAGUUAGGGAGAAGGGGAGGGUUUUCCGUUGACUAAUGUUUGCCUACCGUCUAUACCACAUACCAAGAUCCAGCCGACGACUCUCCCCGGGCGACUCCUGCCGCUCGACGGUUCCUGUCAAGCCAAGCCGGGAUUUCGCUUGCGGUCGCGAUCGCCCUUCCUCGGCGGAUGAUCAGCAUCAAACUUGGGUUGGUUGUGACGGUCAUGGUGGUAAUGGCGAUGGCGAUGGUGAGGGUGAAGGUGGUAAUGGCGAUGGUGAGGGUGAGGGUGAUGGUGGUGAUGGCGAUGGGGACGGUGAGGGUGGUGGGUGCUGGGGGGUGAUGAUGGAGGUGGGCGAUGAUGAUGAUGAUGGUUAUGGCGAUGGCGAUGGUAAGGGCGGGCAUUGGGUAAUGGCAAUGAUGGUGAUGGUGAAGGUGGUGGGUGAUGGUGAUGAUGGUUAUGGUGACGAUGGCGAUCGUGAUUAUGGUGAUUGCGAUGGGGAGGGUGCGGCAUCGAUGGCCAUCCUCUCCGUUUCGUCGCAAUCCUUGGGAACGAACAAGGUCCACGCAUCGGGAGCAGAAGACAAUACGACAGCGGAAAGGGUGCUGGCGGAAGGACCAUCACCUCUGAAGUUGCGCCAGGUUCACGUCUUCUUUCGGCAUGGCGAUCGGGCACCGGUUUCAAUUCCCGGUCAGGUGUCUGCAGAGACUACGAAGCUGUGGGAAAGCAGGAUCCAACCCCAGUCAGAGUGGAUGGAGCAGCGGUCGUAUGUUCAUGGAGAGACCAAACCGUUUGGCCAACUCACGAGGAAGGGAGCUCAGCAAGCCCGGGAACUUGGUCAGGUUUUGAGAGAACGGUACGGUGAAUUACUAGAUCUGCCAGCAGAGCAAGCGGAGCAAGGCGACAACACCGAGUGGAUCCGAUUGCGCUCAACAGACUUUCGGAGAACACAUAUGACUGGUUUCUAUGUGCUGUCCGGCCUCCUUGGGUCGGAAAGGGAGGCGGGGAAGCUGAAGUUUGAAAUUCGCGGACCGCGUGAGGAGACGCUUUGUGUUCACACCGACGACUGUCCAAAGCUGUCUGCGGUAUGGAAACGAGCGUGGAAAGUGGUUUGCGGAGCAACGGAAGUGGACAGCACGGUUUGCGAGGGUGGAUGGCGACCGCACUUCCAGAGGCAGAAGGCCAUCAUUGCAGCGUUUCUCGGCGUGCCGCCGUCUGAAAACUUCCGGUGGUUGCUGGCAAUCGACUGUAUGAAUUGCAGAUUUGCUCAUGGGGAUCCUCUCCCCGACGGGUUGAGUAUCGACGAUCUUGAGGAGAUCCGGGAUUUCGUAGUGAAAGAGCAUGUUCAAUGCUUAGGGUUCGAAGAACUGAGACCGUUCUUCGGCGGACGAAUGCUGACGGAGCUCCACGGCGCCAUGAAGGAAGUCGUUGAACACAGCAGAAAAAGCGAGCCGGUAUCUCCGAGACUCGCCCUUUAUUCUGUGCACGACAUCACUCUCUUGCCUCUUCUGACAUACAUAGGGGCUCCUGUGCGGGCUUGGCCUCCAUACGCGGGCGCUCUUUGCUUUGAGCUGUGGUCCACACCUGACGGUCAUUCACACUUUGUGAGGGUUCUUUACAAUUGGAAAGAGGUUGCACUGCCAACUGAGACUUCCAAGGAAGCGAGAGCGGCCAACCAGCAUCCAGCGAACGGGAGGUACGCGGACCCUGAGAGGGAAGGAGCUGAGGCUUCCAAGGAAGCGAGAGCGACCAACCAGCAUCCAGCGAACGGGAGGUACACGGACCCUGAGAGGGAAGGAGCUGACGAUGAGGAAUCGGUGCGAGCUACCGUUCUGACGUGGAAGAGCUUCUGCAACCUCCUUGACAAGCACACGCUGCUUAACACCGAUUUUGACCAUCUCUGCGAGUUACUCCCUGACUUCAGGAGCCCUUCUCCGCUGAAGCUGUGAUUUUUUUGGUAUGUACUACAAUAUGUUUGCUAUUCCUUAGGCAACAGCAUAGUAGUCAGUGCCAAAUCGCAUACACAAUA